UCAUCUACAACCAUCACCACAUUCACUCAACUCCUCUUUCUCAACUCUCCAAACACAAACAUUCUUUGUUGAAUACCAACCAUCACCACCUUUCAAGAUGCAGUUCUUCGCCGUCGCCCUCUUCGCCACCAGCGCCCUGGCUGCUGUCUGCCCUACCGGCCUCUUCUCCAACCCUCUGUGCUGUGCCACCAACGUCCUCGACCUCAUUGGCGUUGACUGCAAGACCCCUACCAUCGCCGUCGACACUGGCGCCAUCUUCCAGGCUCACUGUGCCAGCAAGGGCUCCAAGCCUCUUUGCUGCGUUGCUCCCGUGGCCGACCAGGCUCUCCUGUGCCAGAAGGCCAUCGGCACCUUCUAAAGCAAUGGCUUGCUUUACUGCCGGCAGUCUUUGAGAACUCUGGGCUCACAAAAGACGACUUGCAUGUAUCAUGGGGGCUCGCAAAUGGGAGGAUUUGGAGGGGAUUGAGGCUGGGUUUGGCCUAUUAGAGGAUUGCAUAAUGGAAGAUUUGCGAGCAGGACAUAGACGUAUCUAGAGUUCUAGUCAAUACAUUAUUGAAAAGUUGGAGUAU